AUGCAAAACGACUCCCAACAAUCGGAUAUCGAAAAUGAGCGUUUGGGAUUGGAAUUGUUCGCUGAAAAUUUCAAACAACGACGGACUAAACUGGGGGUAACACAAGCCGAUGUAGGCGCUGCUUUAGGUAAUUUAAAAAUUGCUGGAGUCGGUUGCUUAAGUCAAUCAACUAUUUGUCGCUUCGAAUCGUUGACAUUAAGUCAUAACAAUAUGAUGGCAUUAAAACCAGUCUUGGCUGCAUGGCUAGAGAAAGCAGAAGAAGUUUAUAAAUCCAAGCAAAUGAGCGGUAACUGCGACAAUACUAUUAUACCUCAAAGAAGUGAUAAAAAACGUAAAAGAACUUCUAUCGCAGCUAUGGAAAAGAGGGCAUUAGAAGCUUAUUUCGCCAUUGAACCUCGACCAUCCAGUGAAAAAAUUGCCAUCAUUGCGGAAAAACUAGACUUACAAAAGAAUGUUGUCCGU